AUGGACUCUCCUCAUUCAUCGAUAGUUGAACAAGAAAAUAUACUUGAACAAGCACUUCGAACUUAUGAAGAAAGUGAACGAUCAUUAAAAUCAAUUUGUAAUUCAGUUGAACAAGAAAAUAAUGAUCUGGAAAAUCAAUUAAAAACUCUUCAAACACAUCAAACAAUGUUAAUAAAACAAUAUCAUCUAUUAAAAGAACAUCUUCAUCAAAUUCGAGGUGAACAUGCACGAUUAGCUGAAAGACAAUUAUUUAUUGAUCAACAAACAAAUCAUAUUCAUCAACGUUAUGAACAAGUUCAAUUAGCUUUAAAAAAAAUUCUUUCUUCAGCUAUGUUAACAAAUGAAGAUUUAUCUUGUGAAACAUUUUCAAUCUUAGGAUUUAAAUUAAUUCCAAUCGAUGAAGAAAAACGUACAACAAAUGAUAUUGGAACAGAUUAUGAUCCACCAUGUUUAUCAUCAAAAAGAAAAUUAACAUUAACUGAUUAUAAUCAUAAACAUCACAAAAAUAAUUCAUUAUCACAAAGAUCAUCGAAGUAA